UUCCAAUUCUCUUUUCUUCUAUUCGCAUUCUCUCGACAUUCUGAGCAUUUCAUACGAUUUUGUUUCUAUUCCUUGUUCUGACGAGUGCAUGUCUGUAUUGGAAAGUUGUGUUAACCUCGGGGAGCAACUGACAUCACGAUUAGCACCACGGUAAAUUAAGACCAAAAUCCAACACGUUGGAGAAUGAGGCCCGAUGCAAUGAUAACGUUGUUGUUGGGUGGUUCCAUCUGGGGAUGGAUAGAUAAAGCUCCAAUCACUAACAAAAUUCAAUGUAAUGAAUAGAGAGCGAGAAAGAAGAAGAUGAACGAGAAGUUUCUUUUUAAGAAGAAGAAAUGGAGGGUAUUUCUGUAGUUAACAAAAAAUGUUAUAUAUAUAUAUAUUUAUAUGUGUGUGUAAAUUACCUAAAUUAAUCAAUCUGGAAAAUUUCUACCGCGCAAAAAUGGCUUCAACUUCUUCUUCUUCUUCCUCCCUCCUCUUGACGUCUCCGUUCAUCUCCCAUAACCAUGGCUUCUUCAUCUCUCCUUCUUCUCAAAUCCGCUUAUCACUCUACAAAUUCAAGAGUUUCAGUCUUUCCAUACCUCGUUCCCGCAAGAUUUCCAACAUUCCGGCGAACAGCCUCGUGAAUUCCAAUUCCGUAUCCCCAAAGCCCGAAGAAUUUCAGCAGAAGGAGCCUAUGGUUCCUCCUUACAACGUUUUGAUCACUGGCUCCACUAAAGGAAUAGGAUAUGCGUUGGCCAGACAGUUUCUGAAAGAAGGUGACAAUGUCGUUAUCUGUUCACGAUCAGCUGAGAGGGUUGAAUCUUCUGUUCAAAGCUUGAGAGAAGAAUUUGGGGAGCAGCGUGUGUGGGGUACUAAAUGUGAUGUGCGAGAAGGAGAGGAUGUAAAGAAUUUAGUCGCAUUUUUGCAGAAAAAUCUUAAAUAUAUUGACAUUUGGAUCAAUAAUGCAGGAUCAAAUGCUUAUAGCUUUAAGCCUUUGGUCGAGGCUUCAGAUGAAGAUCUCAUUGAAGUUGUCACUACAAAUGCUCUUGGUUUGAUGAUAUGUUGCCGAGAGGCAAUAAAGAUGAUGUUAAACCAACCUCGAGGGGGUCAUAUUUUCAACAUUGAUGGGGCCGGUUCUGAUGGACGACCCACCCCUAGGUUUGCUGCAUACGGGGCAACUAAAAGAAGUGUUGUCCAUUUAACGAAGUCAUUACAGGCAGAACUGCGGAUGCAGGACGUGAAAAAUGUUGUAGUGCACAAUCUUUCGCCUGGGAUGGUUACAACUGAUCUUCUUAUGUCUGGUGCUGAUACGAAGCAGGCGAAAUUUUUCAUCAAUGUUUUGGCGGAACCACCUGAAGUGGUGGCAGAAUAUCUCGUCCCAAACAUAAGAUCUAUCCCAACCAAUGGUUCGACAAGGCCCACAUACAUUCGUUUCCUCACUGGACUAAAAGCUUAUUCCCAGAUUUUCUCAAGACUUGCUUUUGGUGCAAGAAGAAACAGAUAUCUUCUAGAAGAUUGAUAAGAAAAGAAUAGUUUUUCCAUGGCGGACCCAUUGGACUGCUCCUAAAACACGACGCAAAGGAAAUGAUGCCUUCUUGUCUUUCACCCCUCCCCCCUCCCUCCCUCCCUCCCUCCCUCCCUCCCUGUAAAAACUGUUAGUCUUUUUUUUCAUUGAUUUACUCAAUAAACGAUUAAUUGUAAUUUUAUUGUUUGUAUUUACUUUAACAGGUGUAGCUCUUAUCAUUUUUUUCUUA